AUGGGAGUUAAAUUGGAUAACCUGACAGGGCCGGAUAACAAGUUACUCAAUCUAGCUCAGUCUCUUCAAAUCACAGAAUUGAUCAUUACAAAUCCACUACAUGACAGCUACAGUCCAGAGGUGAAGGAUUCACUAUAUUCUACUGGUAAUAGCCCCCCAGUAAAAGCGGACCUCCGCGCAGGUUUAGGUAAUGUCCGGUCAGGUGAGAAGCAUAUCCAUCAAAUACGAAGGAGGGAUUUGGAGUGGGGUAUAGAAGCAGUCGGUAUAUCUCAUGUACGCGGUUCCAAGUACAAAGUGACUGGCUCAAUAUAA